GGCCACUGUAUCUCUGACAAAAAGGAGUCAUGCCAACCGGAGGUCAGUCACACUCCUCCCAGGGUCCCUGGUGCCCGGGACAGAGUUGAAGCCACUCUCGUUGAGACCCGUUUGAGUCCUUUAAGGAGACUAUCCUCCAGCAAUGGCCUCCUCCUUGCUCCUGGCUCUUCUGUUCCUGACUCCAGUCACAUUAGUGAACCCCCAAACUGAGGGUGCAUGCCCAGCAUGUUGGGGUGCCACCUUUGACCUGGAGAGCCACAGGGAACUGCUCCUCGAUUUGGCCAAGAAAAGUAUCCUGGACAAGCUGCGUCUCAGCCAGCGCCCCACACUCAGUCGGCCUGUGUCCAGAGAGGCUCUCAAGACUGCGCUACAGCGCCUCCGCGGGCCUCGACGGGAAACCCUGUUGGAGCAUGACCAGAGACAAGAAGAAUAUGAGAUCAUCAGCUUUGCUGACACAGACCUCUCCAGCAUCAACCAGACCCGGCUCGAGUUCCACUUCUCCAGUAGAAUGGCCGGUGGCAUGGAGGUCCAGCAGACCCGCUUCAUGUUCUUCGUGCAGUUCCCCAACAAUGCCACCCAGACCGUGAAUAUAAGAGUUCUUGUGCUAAGACCAUAUGACACCAACCUCACCUUGACAAGCCAGUACAUGGUGCAAGUGGAUGCCAGCGGCUGGCACCAGCUUCUCCUGGGACACGAAGCUCAAGCUGCUUACAGACAGGGACACCUCACUCUGGAACUGGUACCAGAAAGCCAGGUGGCCCACAGUUCCUUGAUCCUGGGUGGGUUUUCCCACAGGCCUUUUGUGGCAGCCCAGGUAAGGGUUGAGGGCAAGCGUCGGGUUCGCCGGCGAGGUAUCGACUGCCAGGGGACGUCCAGGAUGUGCUGUCGACAAGAGUUCUUUGUAGACUUCCGUGAGAUUGGCUGGCAUGACUGGAUCAUCCAGCCUGAAGGUUAUGCCAUGAACUUCUGCACCGGGCAGUGCCCACUACAUGUGGCAGGCAUGCCUGGCAUCUCUGCCUCCUUUCACACUGCAGUGCUGAAUCUGCUCAAAGCCAACGCAGCGGCUGGCACCGCCGGCAGGGGCUCGUGCUGUGUGCCUACAUCUCGGCGCCCUCUGUCUUUGCUCUACUAUGACAGGGACAGCAACAUUGUCAAGACAGAUAUACCUGAUAUGGUGGUCGAGGCCUGCGGGUGUAGUUAGCUUAUGGGUGAUACAGACUGCCUGAGGUCAAAUGGCCUUCCUCAGGAAGGGGUAACUCUGUCCCUGCUUCUGUCCAGAAUGGAAACACCUUCUUUCUAAGCAUGCAGACAUCUCUCCAUGGACUUCAGGGGAUCCACCUCUAAAGAGAGUCACUGGUGACCAACAAAUAGCCUUUCUCCGGGGACAUGGUUGACCCAGUACACCCAUCCUCAGCCUUAAGCUAGAGGCUAAUCCACUGCCAACCACAAGCAAUGUCAUUUUGUUCCCGGAAAACACACCCUUAGCUCUCCCUUAGUCAACUAUGUAAUGUCCUCUGCCUCCCUGACCGUGCUGCCCGAAGGUUCCUAAUCCACAAUGACAUGCCUUAGUGUCUCCUCUUGAGUUUUGUGGCUCUCCGAAGAACCCCUUCCUCAGGUUCGCCGAAGAUUAUAUUGCCGCCUUCCAAAAAAAGGCUCAUCUCUCAAAUAUGGAGACCCAGACAUGCUACUGAAUAGUGUUCUCUGCCCUCCUCUGCCCUCGGGGGGUAACACACCAAGCCUCAUUAGUUGGACAUUCCUCUAGUUUCCAGCUGAAUUUGACCAAAGGGAGACUCAGGUUGGAAACUAAAGCCAAGGAUAACACAGAAAAAUUCCAUCAGGCAUAGUGGUUCACCUGGGCAAGUCCAGCCCUGAACGAGAGAGACUGAGGCCAGCUAGCUCUAGGCUGGCCUGGGUUAUACCAUUAAGACCUUUGUCACAAAGUAAAAGAAGGGAGAAUAAAAGA